AUGGAGAGGGCGCAGGCCCACCUGGUGGUGCGGGCGGAGGGGGACUCGGCGCUGCCCGGCGAGUGGCUGUCCGCCGACGAGUUCGCCGCGCGGGCCAGCUGGCUCCACGACGCCGCCGCCGCGGGCGGCGGCGGCUGCGCCUGGUCCGCCUCGGCCGCGGCCUUGGGUGUGCCCGAGGAGGGGGAGGGGGCGGAGCUGGCGCCGCUGCGGCGGGAGCUGGCCGCGGCGCGCGCGGAGCUGGAGCUGGCGAGGGCCGAGAUGCAGGAGCAGGAGCUCCUCGUCGAGCAGGCGCGCGGGGACGGCGCGGAGCCGGCGCUGUCGCCCUGUGGAGGAGAUCGAGGAGAGAGAUGCGCGGAGGAGUGCCCUGGCAUGGAGGAGCCGCCCGGCAGCUCCGAGGGCUGCCGCAAGGAGGCCCUCGAGGCCCUGGAUGGGCUCUGGGCGGUGAUCGAGAACGCCGGGGCACGACGGCGCCAGUUGCGAGCCUCCUGA